AUGGAUCAAAUGAAUGUUAGCCUUCAGGUUCUGUCUAAUACCAAGAUAUAUACACAAAUUGUAACCAAGUCCCAAGUAACUCUUGCAUGUCAAAUACCAAUAACCAUUGAAAAUAAAACAAGAGUACUAACACAGCAAAAAACAAGCCUCCAGGAAAGUUGUUCCAGUGUUAGCAAACUCCCAUCUUUGCAAGGUUUUAUGUUGAAGAUGAAGUUUCCUUCUUCAAAGAGCAUAAAAUCAAUACCUGCGUCACAUUCUUUUGAUAUUGGUAAGCAAUGUCGGAGAAGCGAGGGAAAAAAAAUGUCAUCUGCUGCCGAAAAUUCCAAAGAGACUUCAGAUGGUUGCAAGCGUGGUAGAACAGAGGUGAUCGUGGGCGGUCCACAGGCGAAGAGGCGGAAGAUGGAUCGUAUCGUGACUCAGCAGCGUAAGCGUUCUUCCCUUCUCAAAACACGCACGAAACAUCCAGAUAGGGUUUUCAAUCAACACUUGGAUACUAAAGCAUUAAAGCUAUUUGAGGAGAAGGUUGUGAGGGUGCCUUUGAAUGCAGGAGCAGCAGGGAACUGUGCGGGGUUGCGGACAUCACAAAUGAGCAAGUCUGAUGUUCAUGGGGCUGUAAGUGCUUUGGAUGAUGAGAAUGUUGUCCUACUUCCAGCAACCGAUGCUCUUUCAGGUGAAAGAUUGUUAACUUCUACUUUCCACGCUCAAAUGUCACCCAAGAAAGCUUUCCGUGCUGCAAUGCUGAAAAGUCGUUUUGCAGACACCAAUUUGAAAGCUCAACAACAAAUCAAUAAGGUACUGUUUGAUCAUGUUAACAAAGUUGAUCCAAUGAAGAUGCAUCAGGGAGAGGAAAAGUUGGAAAGAAGACAACAAGAAGAAAAGGCAAAGAUCAUAACGGUUGAAGCUGUUUCAAAAAUGAAGGCAGAAAUUGAAUUGAAAAAGCAACGAGAAAGAGAAAGAGAAGCUGCUAGGAUUGCAUUGCAAAAGAUGGAAAAAACAGCCGGGAUUGAAUUGAAUUUGGAGAUUUUUGAGGAACUUGAUAUUCUGAGUGGAUGCUCUCUUUCCCGUGGAAAUCCACUACAUCGGCUUGGAUUGUUCAUCAAACACGAGUAUUUGGUAGGCGACGAUGAGGAGGAGGCAGUUGAAGGUGCAGCCAAAAUGAAGGCAGAGGUUGAGUUGAAAAAGCAACAGGGAAGAGAAAGAGAAGCUGCCAGGAUUGCAUUAGAGGAGAAGUUUGUGAAUGAGCCUUUGAAUGUAAGAGCAGCUGAGAACUGUGCGAGAUUGACAUCACAAAUGAACAAGUCUGAUGUUCCACAUUUUGAUGGGGCUCUAAGUGCUUUGGAUGACAAGAAUUUUGUCCUAGUUCCUGCAACAGAUGCUGCUUCAGGUAAAAGGUUAUUAACUCCUAUUUUGGAUGCAAAAAUGUCAGCGAAGAAGGCUCUCCGCGCUGCAAUGCUGAAAAGCCGUUUUGCAGACACCAUCUUGAAAGCUCAACAACAGAUUAAUAAAGUAUUGCUUGAUCAUGUUAACAAAGCUGAUCCAGUGAAGAUGCAACAGGAAAAGAAAAAAUUAGAAAUAAGGCAACUUGCAGAAAAGACUAAGAUCAGACCGGCUGAAGCUACAACAAAAAUGAAGGCAGAGGUUGAGUUGAAAAAGCAACGGGAAAGAGAAAGAGAAGCUGCUAGGAUUGCAUUGCAAAAGAUGGAAAAAGCAGCUGGGAUUGAACUCAAUUUAGAAAUUUUCAAGGAACUUGAGAUUCUAAGUGGAGGCUCUCUUUCUAGUGGGAAUCCACUACAUCAGCUGGGAUUGUUCAUCAAAUAA